UGUCAAUUGUCAAAAUCUAGUCUCAAGUAAUCUGUGGUUUGGUUCAGACUUCAGUCAGCCAUGUUUUGUGUAUAAAGUGGUGUUGUUUUUACAAUUAUUAUUGUGAUGAAAUUAAUGUAUCUAAGGAAAUAAUCUUAAUUAUAAACUGUUAAACAAGUGCUAGUGAGUUUUCAAUGUUUUUUGUGAAAGUUGUGUGAUAUUGCUGUAAAAAUGAAUUGGGGAACUGAGCUUUGGGAUCAAUAUGAUAACUUAGCCGCCCACACACACAAAGGGAUAGAGUUCCUAGAUAAAUACGGUAAUUUUGUUAAGGAGAGAUGCGCGAUAGAGUUAGAAUACGCUGGCAAACUCAGGAGGCUGGUCAAAAACUAUCAACCUAAAAGAAAAGAAGAGGAUGAGUAUCAAUACACACCAUGUAAGGCAUUCAAAAAGCUGCUCCAAGAGUUAGGCGACUUCGCGGGUCAGCGCGAAGUUGUUGCGGAAAACUUGCAGUCGAACGUGGUGCGGGAGUUGCACUUGCUCGCCAAAGAGUUGCGCGAGGAACGAAAGCAACACUUGAACGAAGGUGCGAAACAAAUGGCGGUGUUGAACACGGCGGCAGGAGCGCUGGAGCGCGCGCGGCGGGCGUACGAGCGCGCCGCGAGGGAGUCGGAGCGGGCGCUCGACGCGUUCCAGAAGGCGGACGCUGACUUCAACCUCAGUCGGGCAGAGGUUGAAAAACAGAAAACAAAUAUGAAAUUAAGAAGCCAAGCGUGCGAAGAUGCGAAACAAGAAUAUAUGGACCAAUUACGAAAGACAAAUGAAGCACAGAGACAACACUACGAACAGAGGCUGCCUCAUGUAUUUAAACAGUUACAGGACCUAGACGAGAAGAGAAUAAAAAAUAUCAAAAAUUUCAUGUUAAGUUCAGUCGACGUCGAGAGAAAAGUAUUUCCAAUUAUAAUGCAAUGUUUAGACGGUAUGGAACAUGCUGCCAACAGUAUUAAUGAGAAGGAGGACACACAGCUAGUAAUAGAGAGGUAUAAAUCAGGUUUUAUGCCGCCCGACGACUACCGUUUCGAAGCGGCCACCGGUGCGGACGCUACAGACUCUGCCAUACCGCAUCCAACUCAUAACCACCUCACAGCAGCAAGGGGGACGGUGUCAGGGAACAGGAUCAAGAAGAGGGGCGGGCUACUGUCCAUAUUCAGUUCCAAUAAGAAGAUUAUUGAGGCGUGCAACUCGAUCAAGAAUAACAUGUCGAUGGAUGGAAAGGAGGAUUAUUCAGAUUUGCCGCCGAAUCAGAAGAAAAAGAAGCUUCAAGCAAAAGUAUCAGAAUUAACUAAACAAGUUGCACAAGAACAAGCCGCUAUGGAAGGUCUAAUGAAAAUGAAAGGAGUAUAUGAAACAAACCCAACUUUAGGAGAUCCUAUGACAGUAGAAGGUCAACUCAAUGAGUGCUGCGACAAAUUAAAGAAGUUAAAAGCACAACUGCGCAAAUACGAAGAGUUGCUUGCAGAAGCGAACAACCAAGUGUGCGCGCCUCCCCUACACCCCACCGCUAGAACUAACGGAUCGGCGCCUAAUCAGGCGACUAGUAUCGGUUCAAACAGCGAGUCCCUAUCGCGGUCCGCGUCCGAGUCGUCCGUCAGCACGGGCGGGUGUGCGGGCACCGCGGGCACGGCCACGGUCGGCCGAGCGGCCGGCGGCUCGCCGGAGUCCGGUCUCGGUGGGGAGCUAGCGGCCGCCCACCAGGACCACCACGCGGACGACCAUCAUGACGACCACGACCACGAUCACGAUCACGAGUCGGACUUUGAUUAUUACUAUGAGCCGGAUCUGCAGCCGCUCGGGUACUGCAAGGCGCUGUAUGCGUUUGAAGCGAACGGCACGGGCUCCACGAUGCGCAUGGAGUGCGGCGAGCGGCUGCUGGUGCUGGAGACGGACGCGGGCGACGGCUGGACGCGCGUGCGCCGCCACCACACGCGCGAGGAGGGCUUCGUGCCCACCACAUACAUCGCCACCACGCUCUACGCCGACGCGCACGCGCAUGCGCACUAGCCGACAGCCAACGCCCGAUCUCCGUCGCUAGAGCAGGCGGCAGGUCGCACGCGGUGACUCCGCUCCGGAACCCCAAGUGCCGCGCUUUGCGUAAACGUUCUUUGUGGCCUACAUAAUAUAAUUAUAUUUUUGCUAUAAUUUGUCGGUUUCGAGCAUGCCUUAUAUCGCCUUAGGUCGCCGAGAAGAACGGGGAAAUCAUAAUAACAUUCCAUGAUCUUAUUUAUUGUGUAUAUUAUUAUUUUUUUUUAUAAUUUUUUGUUAUGUGGCGUACAUAUUUUUCAUGUAUGUUCGUGUAACGUUAGGGUGUAAUUUGAAAUGUAAUAUUUUUGUAACGCGUCAUCUUCGUUGUGCCAGCUGUUUAUGUGUUAAGGUAUUUUUCGUACUUAUGGUAUAGAAAUAACUUUGCUUUUAUGUGAUUCCGCCAUUGUCUAUUCGAAAUUAUAGCAAAAAUAAGGUUAAUUUAAUUAAUUUUUCACGUGUAAUAUAUGUAAACUUUAAUGUAUUUCUAUUAAGAGAUUACUCAUUUCACUGACGUAUAUGCAUUAAUGAGUAAAUGUAACGCUGUAUCCGUUAUCAAAUGUAUUAUAAAUGCUAAUGUUAAAUGAAUCUUACUUAGUUAUAAUGCUAGCUAAAUUUCGUAACUAGCCAAUGCUACUUUAUGAAUAUUUGCCGUAUGCAAGAAAUAUCAAUGUAUUUAUAUAUAGUGAGAUGAUGGAUGAAUGAGUGCAUUUGAUUUUUAUAUAAAAUAAAAUAUAUGAUGACAGAA